CUCUCUCUGCUCUUUCCAUGUUUUGAGUGUUUUCCACGCAAACCAUUUAUUGCUUCCUCCUUCUUCUUCCUCUACUGACAUACACCACCAACACCACACAUCUUAUCUGCAUUCACUCAUUCAUCUUGCAAACUUCAUCUUACCCAUUUCCCAUUAUCUCCAACACUCGCACAUUCUGUUUCUUGAAAGAAAAUAACCGUAAAAAAUAACUAAUUUUUAUCAGAAGUUUCUUUCUUUUCUUUGCUUUGUUGAUGAUAAUGGAGAAAAAACGAUCCAAGAGAAGCCUCCUCAGCUUCUUUGGUUGGAAUGGAAAAUCUCAGAAGAAGCUCUUUGUAGAUGUUGCAAACCAAGCAAAGGAAAACAUUGAAUCCAUGCCAAUCUCACAGAUAAAGAUGGAUGAAAAUGUAGAAAGUCCCAGUAGUAUUGCAUGUAGUGAUUUUAGCUUUUCCUUAUCAAUUACUAGUAGUGAUGAUUCUGAAGAAUGUGAGACUAGUAAUAACUCCCCAGGGCUAGUAGCUAAACUCAUGGGUUUGAAUUCAUUGCCUCCAGUUUCAGCUUUCUCUCAUGUAGAUUUCAUAAACAUGCCACUUGAAUCAAACAAUAACCUUUUGUCCCCUAUCAAAAGCCAUGGUUAUAUGAAACCUAAGAAUGCAGCAAGUAUAGUGUGUGAGGAAAGUCCUCAACCAUAUAUGAGAAACAGAAUGUCUUCCUUGAGAACUCUUGAACUGCAAGAGAAGUCGGAAGCGGAGUGGCAUGAAUCCAGGUUCAAUGUGAAUGGAAAAGCUACUGAGAGGAGAAGAAACUUAUGUAAGACUGCUCCAACCUUCAAAGACUCGAGAGAUUCGGGAAAUAGUAGUUCCCUGCAUGGUAAAGGAAAAUCUGUUUCACUUGUAACACCAUCUAAAACCGAUGUUCGAAGUAGGGAUACAUUGAAUUUGAAUGGAAAUAGGAGAUGCAUGAAGCAGAAAGAGAUGAAAUCGAACCAAAAAAAUUGUAUUGGUCGAAACAGCAAUGUUCUUAGGAAGAAUGGUUUAACCAGCAAAGGUGAAUCAACUUCAAAAGUACUUAACAGUAAGCCAACACGAACCCGUUCUUCGGAAAAUUUGACCGGAGCUAGGAGGACAACAAACAAAUGUAUUGUUAAUUCCAGCAUUGAAUCCAAAAGGUUGAGCACGAGAGUUGCUGAUAAGCAAAAGGAGUUUUCACUAUCCAAAAGAAAGAAUUCUUCUUCCCAAAAGAAGAGGUGUGAUCAGAAUGGUGCGCGAGGUUAUGAUAACGCAGUUAACACUUAUGAAAGCAAGUCCAUACAAUGUAAUGUCACAAAUGUUACAACUGAUGAAAGUAUUUACAAUGAUUCAUUUAGCAUGAAAGAAAGCAGGGAUGUCAUUUCAUUCACAUUUACUUCUCCAUUGAGGAGAAACAAGCCUGAGUCGCGAACCACUACCGAGCAAGCGAUGGAAACAAGGACCGGAAUUGAUGUCAAUUCUUUUGAUCACAGUGAUGAGAUUUAUCCCGAAAAGUUAUCAUUAUCUCCUACCAGGUUUCAUCUAAUAGAUGUUGAUGCAUUAAGUGUCAUGUUAUCUCACAUUAACCCACCUCAAUGCACCUUGGAAGUAGAAGAUUGUUCUGUUGGUUUUGAAUCUAUUUCGGAGGACAGAUUUAACAGCAUGAUAUCAGAACCAAUAGAAGACAGAACAGUUUAUUCUUCCAUGCAAGAUGAAGAAGUAUCUAGCUCUCAAAUAGAUGAAUCUAUAACACCAGAACACAAGAUGAAUUGGCCUGAGAAAAGCUCUACAAGAUCAGAAAGGAUGAUGGAACUUGAAUAUGUAAAGGAUAUACUCAGCAAUGCCGAAUUGAUGGCAGAAGAAUUAGCAGUGGAUGAAACCGAAAAUACGAUAAUGCCGAGUCUCUUCGACACGUUGGAGAAUCAGAGAACUGAAGUAGAACGGUAUGAAGAGUACUCUAAGAUUCAAAGGAGGGCUAUAUUUGACUGUGUAAGUGAGUGUUUAGGAUCAAAAUGUAGGCAAGUUUUUGUUGCAAAGUGCAAAACAUGGCCUAGAUGGGUAACAUUUAUGAGGAAGAGGUGGUUAACAGAAGAAGUAUACAAGGAAAUAUUGGAGUAUAGAAGCAUGGCAGAAGAGGUAGUUGUUGAUGAGAUUAUCAGAAAGGACAUGUGCACUCCAUUGGAUAGAUGGCUUGACUUUGACAUUGAAGCCUUUGAAAGUGGCUUAGAAAUUGAGCUUGACAUAGUAACCUCUUUGAUAGAUGAAUUGGUUUCUGAUUUGUGGCUUGUUUAAACCCUUGGUAUUAGACAUUAGGUUAUUGGCCUUUUCAUAUUUUUUCUGUUUUUUCUUCUACUCAA